UCGCCUUAACUCACAGAGUAGCCGGGAUAAGGUGCCAGCCCCAAGCUGUGUGCCAGCCCGGCUGUAAGCAUGGAGACUGCGUGGGACCCAAUAAGUGCAAGUGCCAUCCAGGCUUCACCGGAAAGACCUGCAAUCAAGAAGAAGAACUCGACUAUUUAACCCCACCAGUGUGGGCCAGUCACCUCCAUAUCUUUCGUCCUGUGGACCAUCAGCCGGUGCGGGUAGUGAUGGAGGACCUGAAUGAGUGCGGUCUGAAGCCCAGGCCCUGUAAACACAGGUGUAUGAACACUUAUGGAAGCUACAAGUGCUACUGCCAGAACGGCUACAUGCAGAUGCUUGACGGGACAUGUGGAAAUGCUCGCACUUGUGGCAUGGCCAACUGUCAGUACGGCUGCGAGGUGCUGAAAGGAGAGGUCCGAUGUCAGUGCCCGUCACCGGGGCUGCAGCUGGCUCCGGAUGGAAGAACCUGUGUGGAUGUGGAUGAGUGUGCUGCAGGGAUAGCAGUGUGUCCUCGGUUCAGGAAAUGCAUAAACACUUUCGGUAGCUACAUCUGCAAGUGCCACGAAGGCUUUGACCUGCAAUACAUCAACGGGAAAUACCAAUGCAUAGACGUGGAUGAGUGCUCUUUAGGUCGGAGCCACUGCAGCGGCUUCGCCUCCUGCUACAACACGCCGGGCUCAUACAAGUGCAAAUGCAAAGACGGCUACCGGGGGAUGGGCCACGACUGCAAACCCAUCCCUAAGGUGGCUAUUGACCCUCCGAGGCCAGGCAAACUGCCUCCAAAUCAUCACAACCGCCUCCCAGACACAGAUCAUAGGAGGACCACCACCACCGUCCGCCCACCAGUGACUCAAAGGAGAGUCUUCCCCGUAAUCCCCAAAACAACAACAGCCGCCCCCACAACUACGACAACCACGACAACAACCAAAGCACCUCCAAAGAGGGUUACCCCACCUCCACGUAAGCCAGCCGUUCCCACCCGGAAGCCCUUCAUCCCGACCAGGAAGCCCUUCAUCCCGACCAGGAAGCCCUUUAUCCCGACCAGAAAGCCCUUUAUCCCGACCAGGAAGCCACCAGCACCAACACGCAAGCCCUAUAUCCCACCCAUAAGACCAGUUCCUCCCACCAGAAGCCCCCCAACACCCCCACCAGUCACUCCUGUGGACAACACCAUACAGAAGGAGGUCACCAAACAGAGAGGGGACGUCCACAUUCCUCGGAACCACGAUCGCAACACCGUCCUUGGCGUGGACUUUGACAUUGAGCUCGGGAACACGGCAGAAGAAGCCAAGGACGACCCAGAGUCGGGGUAUCUGAGCUGCUCCUUUGAUGAUGGUCUUUGUGGUUGGAUCAGGGACAAAGACGGAGACCUGCACUGGGAGACGACGCCUGAUCCGUCCGGUGGACGGUACCUCACCAUUCCCGAGGUGGGCAAGAAGAGGACAGGGCGGGGGGCGCGGCUGGUGCUCCCCCUCACCCCCCCCUGGAACGAUGGCAACCUGUGCCUGUCGUUCAGACACAAGCUGGCCGGCCAUCACGUGGGCAUGCUGCAAGUGUUCGUGAAGAAAGGGAAACAGUACAGCCCUGCAGUCUGGGGCCGGACGGGGGGGAAUGGCUGGAGGCACACCCAAAUCACUUUAUGGGGCACCGGCUUGGAAAGUAGUCCUGUCAGUCAGAGUCUCCUCAGGUUGUGCUCCUCUGUGCAGGAGCCUUUCCUCAGAGUGAUGUCGUCCACGGCCAUCUCUCCACUCCGGCCCCGCCCACGCUCCCCCUUCAGGAUCACCUGGGGAACAGCAGGACAACACGCACACUGA